ACUUGCUUAGUCAUGUUCCUUCCACUUUGGACGAGGUUUGUUCCCCGGUGCCAGGGUUCAUUACGGCGUCAACCGUCAGUGGCCCUAUACACCCCAGCAACAACAAGAUGGUGAUGGAGAAGUAUGACACAGAUACGAUGCCUCAGCAUCAGCAGUGGACAUGGCAACAGUUGUCCCCACAAAACCUUGACCAUCGAGUUCAAAUUCCAACUGCUAUCACACUGCACCGCUUAGUGCCCAAAACUCCAACCACGGCUGCAGCAUCUAAGCAUAAACUCAGACACUUUAAACCUGAAGAAGUCUUGAAAGCUCAGCUGAAAGCCAAAUACAAGUUACUGGAAGCCAGGCUGGGGCAGGAAAACCCUGCACCUCCUCCUUCAAGUUAUCAACAAGACACACAAGAUCAAACACUAAGUACAGCCCCCACAGGAAGAGAAAAUUUACCACCAGAACAAUGUGAGCGCAGUGCUGAUGUCUUCACAAGGUUAAGCAAAACUGGAGAUAAGAAAUCCACCAAACACCUGGAAACUACAAAGAAAGCUGGGGCAGUAAAACCUUCAUCCCUUCACCGAGGGAUUGGAGAGUCCAGUCUUCGUAUUCGUCAAGUUACACGACUGGUUGCUCAGAUAUCUAAUAGUGUGAAAGAAUUAGAAAGUCUUCAAAAGCAAAUUCAUACACAAAGAAAUUUUAUAACACCGUAUGAUAAUGAAUUAAAGAAAAGACGCUGGGAAGAAUUUCUUCAUUCUGCUGGGCGUUCAUUAUUUUCCUUGAAACGAGAGAUAUCUCUACUGGAAAGAAAGUCUUAUAUAGAAGACAAAAAUGGCAGCAGAUACCUGAGAAUGCUAGCUGUAUCCACACGAACACUUCAUCGAAUUCUCUUGGCAUUAAAAACACAUGCAGAAAAUGUUUUUGUGUGUGCAUCUGGAAAGAAGCUGUUUGUUGAACUGACAGCCAUGACCCAUCGACUCUUCUCUCUGGUCACCUCAGUCGGAGUCAGAGCUCCUAGACUGAGUGCGCAGGUCAUUCAGAAAGGUGAACAUUUAUCAGAAGACAGCAGCACUGAGGUAGUAUCCUCAGACAUUGACUCUGAUGCUCUCUCCAUCUUACAACCACAUUUGGUUCGUCACAGAAUAGCAACAUUGGCACGUCACAGACUUAAAAAGAAACGAAGGAUGAAGCAAAAAGUUACCAUGCAGAUGCCAGUGACAAACAAAAAAGAUAGAAUUGCAAGCGAAACCGCUGUUCAUCUGUUACAGAAAAACAAAGGUAGUGUUGAUAAUAUAAGUGAGGGCCCUAUGGAUCACAGCAGAGUAACUGCAGCAGCCUCUACCAGGCCUACUAAUAAUCAGUCACAAGCUUCAAAUAUUAUUUCUUCUCAUGAUUACAAACUUUAUGGAAAAGGCAAAAAAACAAGAGAUUCAAAAGCAAAUGAACACCAAAAGAUAGCAGUAGAAGAGGAGGGAAGGACAUGGUUACCUGAGGUCUUAUCUCAAGGGCAAAAUUCACUAGAAAGAAAUGCAGACCUGAGGCAGAAUCCCUCUCCUGCCAGAACAAAUUCUCCAGAAAGAAGCAUAUGUAAUCCCAAACUCGAGACUCGGUACAGAACAGUAGAUGGUCAUCAGUUAGUUGAAGACACCGCUGAGGCAGUAGUGAACCGACUUAGAUUGCUCUUUGAUCAAGAAACACAGCCAAAAGAAGAUAAAUCACAUAGAACAAGUACUAAGGAAAGAGAGAGGCAGAGAGAGCAGGAAGCUGAUGUUGACAAGAUCACUCAGCAGAUCCACUACCUAUUGGAAAGGGUAUGCAAGAUUGAGGAGGAACGUAUGAAGAUACAAGAUAUACUUUCAGAGGCAUCAUUAAGGAUUGAGCCUAAGUGCUGUUUGGUUGAUGUUAGUAUUGAAACUGCUAUAGAGAAGGCAAAUAAAGUAAUGUCCACCUUGGGAGAUAGUGACCAAUACACUAUCAAGCAUAAUGCAGCAUUAAGAUCUUCCAAUGGAAUAAUGUUCCAUAAUAACAAUGGUAUUCCUCGAAAGACUGAAGAAAGCAUCACCAGUAAUAAAUUUUCUACUAAUCACCAUGGCUGUGCUGCAUCCAUGGUUGAAGAGGAAUCUAAGCCUAACAUUCUAAGAAAAGCAACACUUACAUAUCCAGAAGGCAUCAUACAUGGUGAAGAAAGUAUUAAAAAUCAAUUGCAGUAUCAGAAAGAAGAAUUUUGGGCUUCUCUUGUAAAGCGUGGCUUCCUGAAGCCACGUGAAGUCACAGAAAUUGGUACACAAGAUAUAAAUAAUGUUGUAGAGAUGAUGAUGUGUCAGGAUUCUUAUUUGUCCCAUGGUAAUGAUAGCGGUGAAAAAAAAAUAAGGGAAACCAAGGACGGGGAAAACUUGUUAAAUUUAAGACAGGGAAUUGCCAAGGUACGCAAGUCAUUAACUGGUAGCAAUACCAAGCAGCAGCAGCAGUACACUAGAACAACAGUACAGUUGGAAAAUAAAGAAACACAGAUAAGUUCAUCAUCAUUACCAAACAAAUCUCCUGGGUCUCAUCAUUCAUUAGGGUCCAGUGUAAACCAUGCUGCAUCACUUGAAAAUAUUCUUGAUGUUUUUAGUAACAAUAAUGGUGCAUGUAGUGGUGGUGAGGAUGAUGUCUCUGUUAGUAAAGCAGCUUCUAGUAAUGUUUCCGUGAAGACCAGUGGCUCUCAUCAAUCUUCAUCAGUGUCAAAGUCGGAUGGUUCACUUGGCUUUCCAUCCUAUGAUGGAGUUAGCAACUCUGAGUAGAACUUAGAGAUUUUUUUUUAUCACGGCUGUUUCCCACUGAGGCAGGGUGACCCAAAAAGAAAAAACACUUUCACCAUCAUUCACAGAUAAUCACUGUCUUUGCAGAGGUGCUCAGAUACGACAGCUUAGAUAUCACUCCAAACAGCCAAUAUCCCAAACCCCUCCUUUAAAUUACAGGCAUUGUACUUCUCACCUCCAGGACUCAAGUCUGGCUAACUGGUUUCCUUUAAUCCCUUCACAAAAUAUUACCCUGCUCACACUCCAACAGCUAGUCAGGUCCCAAAAACCAUUUGUCUCCAUUCACUCCUAUCACACUCAUGCACGCCAGCUGGAAGUCCAAGCCCCCUCGCUCACAAAACCUUUACCUCCUCCCUCCAACCUUUCCUGAGAUGAUCCCUACCCCACCUUCCUUUCCCUACAGUUUUAUACGCUCCCAAAGACAUUCUACUUUGUUCCAUACUCUCUAAGUGACCAAACCACCUCAACAACCCCUCUUUAGUCCUCUAAUACUUUUAGUAACUCCACACCUCCUCCUAAUUUCCACAUUAUGAAAUCUCUGCAAAAUAUUUACACCAUUCAUGGCCCUUAGACACGACAUUUCCACUGCCUCCAGCUUUCUCAUUGCUGCAGCAUUUAUAACCCAUGCUUCACACCCAUAUAAGAGUGUUGGUACCACUAUACUUGUACAUUCCCUUCUUUGCCUUCAUGGAUAACGUUUUUUGUCUCCACAGAUACCUCAAAGCACCACUCACCAUUUUUCCUUCAUCAGUUCUAUGGUUAACCUUGUCCUUCAUAUACCCAUCUGCUGACAAGUCAUCUCCCAAAUAUCUGAACGCAUUCACUUCUUCCAGACUCCCUCCAAUGUGAUAUUCACUUUUUCUUUAAAUCGUUUGAUACUCUCAUCACCUUACUCUUUUCCAUGUUCACUUUCAACUUUCUACACCCUCCCAAACUCAUCCACUAACCUUUGCAACUUUUCUUUAGAAUCUCCCAAAAGCACAGUAUCAGCAAAAAAUAACUAUCAACUCCCAUUUUGUAUUUGCUUCCCAACACCCAAUAACUUAGAUUUUUUUUUUUUAACAAGUCGGGCUGUCUCCCACCAAGGCAGGGUGACCAAAAGAGAAAGAAAAUCCCCAAAAAGAAAAUACUUUCAUCAUCAUUCAAUACUUUCACCUCACUCAUAAUCACUGUUUUUGCAGAGGUGCUCAGAAUACAACAGUUUAGAAGUUUUUUUUUUUUUUUUUUUAUCACACUGGCCGAUUCCCACCAAAGCAGGGUGGCCCGAAAAAGAAAAACUUUCACCAUCAUUCACUCCAUCACUGUCUUGCCAGAAGGGUGCUUUACACUACAGUUUUUAAACUGCAACAUUAACACCCCUCCUUCAGAGUGCAGGCACUGUACUUCCCAUCUCCAGGACUCAAGUCCGGCCUGCCGGUUUCCCUGAACCCCUUCAUAAAUGUUACUUUGCUCACACUCCAACAGCAUGUCAAGUAUUAAAAACCAUUUGUCUCCAUUCACUCCUAUCAAACACGCUCACGCAUGCCUGCUGGAAGUCCAAGCUCCUCGCACACAAAACCUCCUUUACCCCCUCCCUCCAACCUUUCCUAGGCCGACCCCUACAGACUGAUACACUCUUGAAGUCACUCUGUUUCACCCCAUUCUCUCUACAUGUCCGAACCACCUCAACAUAUAUAGAAGUAUAUACGUAUGAAGAUACACAACAUGUCCCUCCAAACGGCCAAUAUCCCAAACCCCUCCUUUAAAGUGCAGGCAUUGUACCUCCCAUUUCCAGGACUCGAGUCCGGCUAUAUAUAAAUAACCGGUUUCCUUGAAUCCCUUCAUUAAAUAUUACCCUGCUCACACUCCAACAGCUCGUCAGGUCCCAAAUACCAUUUGUCUCUAUUCACUCCUAUCUAACAUGCUCAUGCACGCUUGCUGGAAGUCCAAGCCCCUUGCCCACAAAACCUCCUUUGCCGUCUCCCUCCAACCUUUUCGAGGACGGCCCCUACUCCGCCUUCCCCUACAGAUUUAUACGCUUUCCAUGUCAUUCUACUCUGAUCCAUUCUCUCUAAAUUACCAAACCACCUCAACAAUCCCUCUUCAGCCCUCUGACUAAUACUUAUAAUAGCUCCACACCUACUCUUAAUUUCCACACUCCGAAUUUUCUGCAUAAUAUUUACACCACACAUUGCCCUUAGACAGGACGUCUCCACUGCCUCCAACCGCCUCUUUGUUGCAGCAUUUACAACCCAAACUUCACACUCAUAUAAGAGUGUUGGUACUACUAUACUUUCAUGCAUUCCCUUCUUUGCCUCCAUAUAUAACGUUUUUUGUCUCCACAUAUACCUCAAUGCACCACUUGCCUUUUUUCCUUCAUCAAUUCUAUGAUGACCCUCAUCCUUCAUAAAUCCAUCCGCUGGCACAUCAACUCCCAGAUAUCCGAAAACAUUCACUUCUUCCAUACUCCUCCUCCCCAAUUUGAUAUCCAAUUUUUCUUUAUCUAAAUCAUUUGAUACCCUCAUCACCUUACUCUUUUCUAUGUUCACUUUCAACUUUCUACCUUUACACACACUCCCAAACUCGUCCACUAACCUUUGCAAUUUUUCUUUAGAAUCUCCCAUAAGCACAGUAUCAUCAGCAAAAAGUAUCUGUGACAAUUCCCAUUUUGUAUUUGAUUCCCCAUAAUUUAAUCCCACCCCUCUCCCAAUCACCCUAGCAUUUACUUUUUACAACCCCAUCUAUAAAUAUAUUAAACAACCAUGGUGACAAUACACAUCCCUGUCUAAGACCUACUUUUACCGGGAAGUAGUCUCCCUCUCUUUUACACACCCUAACCUGAGCCUCACUAUCCUCAUAAAAACUCUUUACAGCAUUUAAUAACUUACCAUCUAUUCCAUAUACUUGCAACAUCUGUCACAUUGCUCCUCUAUCCACUCUAUCAUAUGCCUUUUCUAAAUCCAUAAAUGCAAUAAAAACUUCCCUACCUUUAUCUAAAUACUGUUCACAUAUAUGCUUCAAUGUAAACGCUUGAUCUACACAUCCCCUACCCACUCUAAAACCUCCUUGCUCAUCCGCAAUCCUACAUUCUUUCUUGCCUCUAAUUCUUUCAGUAAUAACCCUACUGUACUCUUCCUGGUAUACUCAGUAAACUUAUUCCUCUAUAAUUUUUACAGUCUCUUUUGUCGCCCUUUCCCUUUAUAUAAAGGGACUAUACAUCUCUCCGCCAAUCCCUAGGUACCUUCCCCUCUUUCAUACAUUUAUUAAACAAAAAUACCAACCACUCCAACACUAUAUCCCCCCCUGCAAUAUUAAUAAAGUCUCAAGAACAGCAUGGCAAUAAAUGUGGCAUAUGGUAUUGAUACAGAAACAAAAUUUGUUGUUCAGUUUUAAAGGUGCUCUUUUCCUUAUCAGUUGUGGUGUUCCAUAAGGCUCAUACUUCUGUUUAAUCAUGCUGUUUUUGUUAAUUAUUAAUGAUCUUUACUGUAUAUCCAGUACUAUCCACUACACUGAUGCUACCUGAUCUUUGCAAUCUUCUUCAUAUUUCAGAAUCUCUCAGUGGUAUGUGAUUAUUCAGUUCUAAUAAAACUCAUGUUUUACAUACUCUUCCUUAUUCAUAUCUUUACAACGCUCUUUUCUUGAACCUCAGUCAUUAUAAUUAUAACAACUUGGUAAUAAUUUAUCAAAAAAAAAAAAAAAAAUUUCUGAAGACCUUAACAUAACCGAGGUCAGUCGUUAAACCCCAAAGCCCCGAGUUUCCUAAACAGCACAUGCAUUCCCACUUUCAGUACUCGACACACCAGAAUCACCAUUUUUUUUUUUUUUGGCAAGACAAAAAUAAGUCCCAUAUACAGCAGGCACAAUUACUGAUAACAGCCAACCACUACCCCACCCUUCUAAUAAUGAGUGCUCAUGACUUGGUUGGUAUCAUCCUCAGCUCUCUCUCACUGAGGAUCUGGGAUUGAUCUCCGGCACCUAGGCAUUAGUUGACUGUUGUGGGUCACAUCCUGGGAGACAAGAUUAACCUAAGGUACUUUAAAUGCUCUGCAUAACCAGGGCCUUUCUAUAUAGUAUAACAGUGAUGUCAGCUAAAUCUGCAGCAGUGUUAUCAUGUACUUGUAGUAAUAACAAUAAUUAUUAUUAGUAUCACAAUAUUAUUCAUGUAGUAAGCAAUAUAAAAUGGAAAAGAUAUAUAAAACAUCAGUACAGGUAGUUGUAGUUUUCUCAGCAAAAUAUAACUACGUAUUGUCUAAAAGCCAGAGAAUUGCAGUAAUGAAUAUGAUAAUGGUAUACAGUACCUGCAGGUUGAUAGGUAAGACUAUUGCACAUGUCUCUUAUCAGUUGCAGUAAUGAGAAAAAAAAAAUACCUGGAUACAUUUAUAAGAUAGAUAGAAAGAUGUGCAGACUAAUAUUUUAUUAAGUCCACCAUAUGUAGAAGCAGGCAGUUGUUACUUGCUAAAUGUUCCUCAUCUAACAAAACAAGAAAUUGUGGAGAGAGAGUUUAUUAUCCCUACCAUGCUGAUCUCACUGAGAGUUCUGUGGUCAUGGGCCUGCUGUUGGUUAUUAUCAUUAUAAUCAAAAAGAAGUGCUAAACCUACAAGGGUCAUAGAGUGCAGGGCCUGCUGCUGAGCAAUACCAUCUUAAAUUAAUGCUGGUGUCAUGGUUAGUUUUAAUUAAUACACUGAUAUUCAUUUGACUUUGUGUGACUUUUGUAAAUGGUCCAAGUCAGACUGAAACAUCAUCGUAAGCUCCUCUCUCCUAUGUGCGGGUUAUUUGUGUAUUCCAGUCACGUUUUUUUUUUUUUUUUCCGCUUUGUCUUGAUGUAUUUUCUUGUCUAAUCCAACACUUCACAGAACACAGUGCUGUAUGACCCUUGUGGGUUUAGCAUUUAGUUAUGAAUAUAAUAAUCAGCCUAGAUAGUUAUUUACUACAUAAAGUUUGUUUGUGAUGAGAGUUUGGUAUGCAUAGCUUGCUGGCAGGUCUAUAAAUCUUGCCCACACCUUCAGUCUGUAAGGUAUGCAUACUUGGCAGUCAAUUGAGCUUGUAGUGAAUAGAGAUAUUUCAGGAAGGUUUUGGCACUAAGAUAGACUAAGGUGUGGAUUUAGGUAGUCUACCUACUUGGACGUUAUUAAUUUGCAAGAAAUAUACUAUGGCAGCUUCAAGGUUUUAGUCUUAGUGCUAUUUAUAUUGAGGCAAUGUGUGUAGGUGACCAUGUUUUAACAUCCCAUGCUUUACACCCCUAUGUAUUGAUACCAUUAUAAUCUCAUACAUUCCCCAUUUUGCCUUCAUGGAUAACAUUUUGUCUCCACAGAUGUGUCAAUGCACCACCCAUAUAUAAAUUAUAAAAAUAAAUAAUAUAUAAAAAAUAAUUUCAGCCAAUCAGCAAUGGGAAUAAAUAUCUCUGUCGUAGCAUCUCAACCAUUAACACCAUUUGUGCUGCAGUUUAUUGUGUACUCUUCGGUUUGAAGCUACCACGUGAUGCCCACAUUUACUCCUGAUUAUUUACAAUUCAUAAUUGCAUUUGUGAUUUAAUUUUGCCAUCUUUUGUGUUACCAAGUGAUCAUGGCCCCUGAAGUGAGCAAUAAACUGGAAAUUUCUCUGAAAAAAAAAAAAAUGGACAAAUUGACAAAUGUAAGUUAGUGAAAAACAGCAGAGAAAUUAUCAUGGACAUGGUAGAGUAAAAGUUGCACUACUGAGGUCUUGGAACAAAUUACCAUAAAUUACCAUAAUCAUAACUGUGCUAAACCCACUAG